UAUGCUUCGGUUGUGCUAUGUUUGUGUGCACGGAGAGUCAAAAGUUGAAAGGCAGCGAAUGGGAAUUGUCAUUAGAUUAAUUACAUCAUUUGCUUUCCGCCAUAAACGCCAAAGAACGAUAACAUAUUGAUUAAGUUUUUUCACCAACUAAUAACCAAUAAGAAGUAUAAGCGUUUAUGAUAAAAACAAAUAAAACAACAAAGUAAAUAGCUGCAACAUCAUUAGCGGCGUGUGUGCGACCACGCAGCGGCAAUUUAUAUAAAAGCGUAGAGCUCAUUUGGAUAGAAGAAAUUUAUUUCCGAUAUUAAUUUAAAUAAAUAAGCCGCUGAGCGGAGGUUCUUCAAGAAUACCAUUUGCUCUUUCUGAGACCCAUGUGAAAUGCCUUAUGAAAAAUUCAACAAAAAGCGCCGACAAUGGGAGGAUAAUGGAGUUUUAGAAUUAAUUAAAUUGUGGAAAGUUUGUGCCUAUGAGUUGCGCACGAUAAAACGCAAUGGCCAUUUGUAUGUGGCUAUGGCAAAACAGUUGACCGCUUUGGGUGUACCUGUAUCAGCACUAGAAGUACAUUUUAAAGUAAACAAUUUGACACAACGUUACCGACAAGAACAGAAAACAUUUGAAACCACUGGCAUUAUAAGCACGUGGAAAUUCUAUUCGCAAGUGGAUGAUGUUUUCAAAAGUCUGGCCGGACAAGCAGGUGACAAACGCAUUAUGACACCGGCAUCUAAUCCGAGCACUUUACCUUCGGCUUCAGAGUCUCCCGUUUGGAAGAAUCAAAUGUCUCAACAAGAGUUCAAUAGUAAUAAUUCCGAAGGAUUUUAUAAAUCUGAAUAUGGAAUGCACAGACAUUUUAUGGAUCAUACUCAACCUCCACCCAAUCAAAACAACGAUGUUAACUUUAUGGCUAGCACAGCAGCAGCUGCAGCUGUUGCCGCCGCUUCAGCGCAACUUAACACAGCACCUAAUAACAACCCAAACACCAACGGAGUUGUGCCAAAUUACAACAACAAAAUGAAAAAACCUUCCGAGGAUUAUGAUAAAUUCGUAGAUAUUGUCAAAAAUAUCGUCGACAAUCACAAGGCUACUCCGGACAAGGUGGAUACUUUCGGCGAUUUCAUAAAGUCGUAUAUGAGACGCUGGCCCGAUCGCCUACAGGAUGAAGCCAUAAAUCACAUAACAAACUAUGUCAUCGUUAAAAAUAUGGAAAAUUCGAUGAAUAAUGGGGAUGGUGUGAAUAAUAGACAAUAACAAAAGGGUAGUAGUAAUAAGGAUGGGUUACAUAGUGUGUUGGUACGCAAGAAAUUUGCAUGUGUGUAGUAGCCUUAAGUACGGGUUUAAGUACAYGAAGAACGUUACUUAAUAUAAAGUAAAUCAAAAUUCUCUCGUUUGGAUUUUUAAGUAUAAGUUAUGUGUAUUCUUUUAAGGAUAGGAAAAUAUAUAUGCAUAAAUAAAUGKUUUGCUUUCUAAGAAACAUGACGUGAAUA